AUUUGGAGUUGUAAAAAAAUGUCAACAAAUUUAAUGAGUGAAAGGAAGUAUAAUGUUUUUGUACAGUAAAUCUGAGGACUGAAAGAUUCCAUUUCUCUCUUUAUCUUCCCACUCCAGGAUUCAGCCUUUGCAUCUGUUUACAGUGUGUCUCACCAUCAGCAUCAUCUCUUUGGUGCGGUGGGGCCCCUACUGGUUCCCAUUUGUUGAAAUGUUGAUGGACUGCAAGGCAUACUGGUGGGCUAACUUACUGCUGGUUAGCAAUCUCCUACCAGUCCAUGAGAUUUGUAUUCCCUGGACAUGGUACUUGUCUCUGGACUUCCAGUGUUACGCCACAACCCCCCUGCUGGUCUAUAUUUAUAGACUUAAAAGGAGUGUGUUUGCUGUUGUGGUAGUAGGAAUUUUGGUGAGCACUACUGUGGCCAGUGCUGCUAUAACUGCACGCCUGCACCUUCCAGUCUUUCAGCCAUCCACAAUAACAUCAGACAACUAUGUUUUGCAUUACUAUGUGAAACCCUACACAAGAUAUGGACCGUUUCUAAUAGGAAUCCUAACAGGAAUAUACUUGACAAGAAAGAAGGAUCAACUAUUAAAGGAAAGGUGGCAAGCAGCGCUUGGCUGGUUCUGCUGUUUUUCUCUGAUGGUUUUGCUGAUCGGACUGGCCUACUUCCUGAAAGAAACCCCACCUUAUCCAUCUGUGACUCAUGCUCUAUAUCAGGGGUUGCACAGACCAGUCUGGGCAUUGACUUUGAGUUGGAUCAUACUGGCCUGUGAGGAGGGCUGUGGAGGUUUUAUCAAGACAUUCUUGUCCUUUGGUUUCUGGGUUCCACUUUCCAACAUUAGCUUUGCCUGCUAUCUGAUACAUCCCAUCUUCAUCAUCCUCUACAAUGGCAUGCAAGAGACGCCGAUCCACUACACAGACAUCAACUUUAUGUACCUGUUCCUCGGCCAUCUGGUGCUAACUCUGGCAGUUGGCUGUGUUCUCACUAUGUUGGUUGAGAAACCCUACCUCUUCCUGAAACCCAAAUGCAUCUAGAGAAUCUGCCUCGUUUAAUACAACACCAUUCACAUAUAUAUAUUGGUAUCCCUCGUAAAGAGUUGGCAAAAUGCUGCCAUAGCAAAAUCAUUACAGACAAGUUGAGAUUAGUAGAUGUUUUCUUAUUGUUACUUAAUUUCUUAUGGAGAUCAAAACAUGUCUGCCUUUUUUCUUCGGUUUUUGCCUUUUCUUGUUUUUCACAUUUUGAAGAGUGUCUAAGAGAAGUGGUCAUCCUUAUAUUUACACAACAGCUAAACAAAAAUUCACUCACUAAAUGUUCCUCAACAUUCAACGUAGGUUAUACAUUGCAAAUCCUUCAGUUGCAUUUAUGUUAUAGGUAUUGUUAGAUGUGCUGGUUGUCAUGGUACAGACUCUUUUAGAAAAAGAAAGCAAUUAAAGCUAUAGAGAAAAAAUAGGAAUGGGUAUGGAGAUAUGGGUAAUUAAUAUAAUUUGCACAAUACUGAGUAAUUCAAAUAAAAAACUAAUGUAACCUUUUAAGAUUUUUAGCAAAGUAAAAUAAAUAAAUAUACUGCA